GCGCAGAGUCAAAAAGUAUCCAGUUGCAAGUUUUACUGAUGAGCAAAAAGAGUUACGAAUGAUAAGAGUAAUACAUUUUUAUUAAUUAAUAAAUUGCAAUUUUUUCAGCAAUGAAUCCCAGCCCUUUCGGAACUCGAAUGGAAAUGAUGGAGUACUGGCAAAAUUUUGCUCCAUCAAUAGAAAGCAUGAUGCUUGAUAAAAAGGCAUCCAUUAUCCACAACGACGAGCAGGAAGAAAUAUUCAGUUUGCUGCCCUCUUUGCAUGGAAAAUAUGUCCUUGAGCUAGGAGCAGGAAUUGGGAGAUACACUGGACGCCUGGCAGCUAAAGCUGAACACGUAACAGCUGUCGAUUUUAUGGAGGACUACAUCAAUACCAAUAAGUGUGUUCACAAACACUUAACCAAUAUCACCUAUAUAGCAGCAGACGUCCUUGAUUUGCAAAUGAUUCCAAAAAGGUACGAUGUAGUAUUCACUAAUUGGCUUUUGAUGUAUUUAACCGAUAAGGAGUGCAUUUCUCUUCUUCAAAAGAUUUUAACUUGGUUGGAUGAUGGUGGAUGUUUAUUUUUUAGAGAGUCCUGUUUUCAUUCAUCAGGAAACAUGAGUCGAUCAAGCAAUCCGACAUUCUAUCGAACACCUGCAGACUACGCGAGUCUCAUCGAAGCUGUGUGGAUGUCCAACAGUGACUCUCUGCUGGAACCGUCGCCAGAGGGAUGUGGAUACAAACUCCUCAGCGUUGGCUCCCUGAAGUCUUACAUAAAGCAUAAGAACAAUUCCUAUCAGAUAUAUUUCUUGAGCAAGAAAGUGGACAAAACGAUGGAUUCCAAAGACAAUUUUCAGGAGUUUCUGGAUCGAAAACAGUACAGCCGAAAUGGCGUUCGACGCUAUGAAUGGAUAUUUGGAAAGACGUUUCUGAGUACUGGAGGCCUCACAACUACCAAGAGAUACAUUGACAUGCUGAAACUGGAACCUGGUCAAAAGGUAUUAGACGUUGGUUGUGGUGUUGGAGGUCACAGUUUUUACAUGGCUGAGAAUUAUGAUGUUGAGGUUAUUGGAGUGGAUUUGUCAGUAAAUAUGAUGACAGUAGCAACUGAACACCUUUCGGAAAGACCGCAUCUUGCUAACAAAGUGAAAUUUGUUAUCUGUGACGUGACACGUGCUAGUUAUGAUGACAAUUCAUUCGACGCAAUAUACAGCAGAGACACUCUACUCCACAUAGAAGAUAAAGAUGAGCUUUUCAGGAAUUUUGAAAGAUGGUUGAAACCCGGCGGGAAGAUCCUUUUUACCGAUUAUUCUAGAAGUGAGAAAGAAGUGUCGGAAGAUUUUAAAAAGUACAUUGCCGACAGAGACUAUCACCUUCUAACAACUAAUCAAUACAAAGAACUUUUACAGAAGACAGGAUUUGUCAACACCCAAGUUCGCGAUGUAACUGAGGAAUUUUUAAAUGCUUUACAUGCAGAACUUAACAGGCUGCGCACUUUCAAAGAAAAGUUUCUAAGC